GGAUCCCCAAGAUGUCGGCCCCCAGUGCUGCCCUCUUUGUGUCUUCGUUACUAUCCGUAACCAAUGCCGUGCAUAUUGUACCUCGUCACUCGUUUAGUUCUCGUGCUUCUGUCCCUACAAAGCUGCCAGGCAACUGGACCUCGAAAGGAUGUUGGACCGACGACACUGGCUCAAGGACCCUUGGCGCCGCGUCUUUCACCGACACCGCAAACAUGACAGUCGAGAAUUGCAUAAGCUUCUGCGAUAAACAAUCAUUCAUCUUUGCGGGAAUUGAAUUCGCUCAGGAGUGUUAUUGUGACAACUUCAUCAAGAGCAGCGCUGCACAGUCCCCUUUGACUGACUGUUCUGAUGCUUGCACCGGCAAUCCGAAUGAAACAUGUGGCAACGCCAAUCGGCUCAAUGUCUUCUUCAGCGGUGGUACGCCGCCUCCGGCCCCUUCGACGAUCCCGAGCGUGGGUCUCUGGAAGUCUCUCGGAUGUUACAAUGAUUCUACGGCAAACCGCGUGUUAGGAAACCCGGCUGCCCCCGUCGGUGCGGUGACCGUGGAAACUUGCACGACUGCUUGCUUCAAUGCCGGGUUCCCGUUGGCUGGCAUGGAGUACGCCGAUGAAUGCUAUUGUGAUGCCGCGAUAGAGAAUGGCGGGGCGCCGACGCCUCUUGGAGAUUGCGACAUGACCUGUGCCGGCAACUCAACUGAGUUCUGUGGCGGGUCGAACAGGCUGAACGUAUACAACUACACGGGCACUGACCUUCCACCUCGAACGCCCGGCAAUAACGGGGGUGGUGGUGGCGGCGGCGGCAACAACGGCGCCCCAGUUUUCCCUGUUUUGUCCGGUCUUCCUUCGGGGUGGACGUACGCCGCAUGUUAUGUCGACAACGCCAAUGGCAGAGUCUUCACGACUGAACUCAACGAUAAUCCAACUUUGACGGUGGAGGGCUGCAUCAACAGCUGCCGAUCGCAAAACUUCACGUUGGCAGGAAUGGAGUUCGCUGACCAAUGCUUCUGCGGAAACACGCUGGUAAACGGCGCCACUGUCGCCACCGAUCCAACUACGUGCAACAUGGGUUGCGCCGGGAAUACAACCGAAGCUUGUGGCGGGCCCAGUCGCCUCUCAGUCUACACCUCUACAGCGAAAGUGACAGCGUUGCCUGUCCCAACGGUGUUGAAUAGCAGUCUUCCCGGGAACUGGAAGUUCCAAGGAUGCUUGAUGGACGGCGCUACUCGCGUAUUUCCCUAUCAAAACAUUUGGACCAACAACAACACUGUUGAGGCUUGCCUGACGCAGUGCUCAGACUUCGGCUAUCCGGCCGCCGGAAUGGAAUUUGGCGACGAGUGCUGGUGCGGAGACGUAUCGGACGUCACCAACAACCCCAACGGUGGCCUCGCCCCGGAGACAGACUGUUCUGCCCCCUGUUCGGGCGACCCGAUUCAUCUCUGCGGAGGAGCAAAUCGCCUGCAAUACUAUCAAUACGAAGGUGGUCUCCAAACUUGGCACACUCCUUCCAACAUUGGACGUUAUGAGUUCCUCAUCGGAGGGGUCGUCGUUCCCUUACUCGCUACGGUUGGUAUCAACAAUAAGGUGUCGUUCCUGGAAAAGUUCCCUACUUCGGAAUUUGGGAACUCCACCGGCGCAUACGAGCUUGAUUUGAGUCUUGUGGACAAUUUCGAUCUUGCUUGGAGAACCAUGCACGUGCAAUCCGAUGUGUUCUGCUCGGCCGCGAUCGUGCUACCAGACAAAGCCGCACGCAUACUGAACGUCGGAGGGUGGUCGCUGACAUCUACCUUUGGUGUCAGAAUGUAUGCUCCCGACGGAUCGCCUGGAGUUAACAGUACCAACGAUUGGGAGGAAAACCCUCAAGAGCUAUUAUUGCAGCGUGGACGCUGGUAUCCGAGUGCUGUGCUAUUGGCUAAUGGCAGUGUUCUUGUCGUGGGCGGCGAAACUGGCAGCAACGCCCCUGCAGAUCCCACAUUGGAGGUCCUCCCAACCCCUGCAGGCGGACCAACAUGGCUUUUCAUGGACUGGCUCAACAGAACGGACCCCAACAACUUAUACCCGUUCUUACAUAUCCUGCCCAGUCAUAAUAUCUUCGUUGGAUACUACAACGAGGCUCGCAUCCUUGAACCGGUCACGUUCACAACAGUCAAAACGUUGCCCAACAUGCCCGGAGCUGUCAACAAUUUCUUGGCUGGUCGGACGUAUCCUAUGGAAGGAACAGCUGUCAUGUUCCCUCAGCACGCCCCAUAUACGGACCCGGUGACUAUUCUCGUGUGCGGUGGUAGCAACGGAGUUGCCGCGCCUGGCUUGGACAGCUGCCUAUCGAUUCAACCGGAAGUAACCAACGCUGCGUGGACACUAGAGAGGAUGCCGAGUACUCGUGUCAUGCCCUGCAUGGUGGCCCUUCCUGACGGAACGUUCAUGAUCCUGAACGGUGCCCAUACCGGCGUCGCGGGCUUCGGCCUCGCCGAUGAUCCGAACCUCACUGCAGUCCUUUAUGACCCUUCGCAGCCAGUCAACUCACGUAUGUCCAUCCUCAACACGACCAUCGUCGCGAGGUUAUAUCACUCUGAGGCGACGCUCCUGCCUGAUGGCCGCGUACUCGUAUCUGGGUCGGAUCCUGAAUCGCAACCACCUCAGGACUUCCCCCAGGAGUUCCGCAUUGAGGUUUAUAUCCCUCCCUACCUCAAUCAGGGAUUCAAGCAGCCGACCUUCACUAUCACGGAGACCGACUGGGAGUAUGGUGGUACUUACCAGAUCAAGGUCCAGUUAUUCCAGGGAACAACUUCAACGAUGAGAGUUUCGCUUAUCGCGGCAACUAGCAGCACACACGGAAACAUGAUGGGUGGCCGCACGAUCUUUCCAGCUUUCUCCUGCUCGGGAACCACAUGCACCAUCACCGCUCCUCCCAGCGUCGGCGUUGCUCCGGCGGGAUGGUUCCAAUUAUUCGUUCUCGACGGCCCGACGCCCUCUCACUCUCAGUGGGUGCGCAUCGGUGGCGACCCAGGACGGCUAGGAAAUUGGCCCGAUCUGCCAGGCUUCACUCUUCCUGGAAUUUAAACCAAUACACGGAUCGGUAUGCCUCCGAUCCAUGUUGUUCUUCACCUCGCACUUUUCUGCAUGGACAAAACGAUCUUCCAUAACGACUAAUAUCUGUGAACUCGGACUUCAGGACUGUGACUGUACCUACUGGGUGACCCUAUUCUGUGCUCGUACCAUUCCUUUCUGUCUCAUUAAUCGGAUAAUAGGGUCGCUUCAUUCGUUCAAUCCGUGGAUCUAUCAAUAUAUGCGUAGUACAUACAGUCUGGUGUUGUAAUGUUGCUCCUGGAAUAUGGACUGGAAACUUUAAG